AUGCUCACGGUUCACGAUCCUGAGAAGGCAUUGGCAAGUCUGGCGAGUCCGCUUUUGGCCGCGGAUACACUGUACCUGGCUAGAGAGCCUGAUAUCCAAACAGUGAAGUUGACCGCUGGCCUUCAUCGCCAGACCUGGGUCAAUGGCGCGUUGAUCUUCGUUGACAUCCACAUUGCAAACAACACGGCCAAAUCAGUCAAGAAAAUCGAGGUCCAAUUGGAGAAGACGACGCUCUGGUAUACACACGCUCCAGCUGGUACUGCAGAGAAGAGCGCAAAUUAUCUUCGUCUUCCAAAGCGGACAGACACCGAGAUUGUGGGCGGAACCACCCUCAAGAAAUCAAACACUUGGAAAGGAGUGCCGUCUCAUUCAUCAGAUGUUCGCACAAUUGAACUAGAAGCCCCGCGCGGUCACGUAACCAUCAGCACCGGGAGGUAUUUCGAGGUUCGGUACUUUGUCAACGUCGUUGUCACGGUGAAACUGUUCAAGACAGUGGCAGUCCAACUUCCUGUUACAAUCAUACCUAUCAACUCCUUGGAUAUCUUACCGAACUCGCUCGCGCAGGUUGCCGCUUCGAUCGAAGCGAAGAGAUCCAAAACCGUACCAGCUCCACCUGCUGAUCCUGGUCAUGCAGCCUAUCACCAAGGGCAAGCCUUUUCAGUUCCAGUCCGACGCUCCGCCGAGCGUGUGAGAGAAGAAAGACCAAUGCUGCCGGGUGAUCUGGACAGCCUAGCCAAUGAUAUUGAGAGGUCUCCUCGCAAAUUAGUGCAUACCCAUAGCCAUUGCAGGGGAGGUCUUUCCGGGACGACCACAGACGAGAACGCCGCUCCGGGACGCCCAAGUAUGGCGUCAUCAUCACACCACCAUCUCCAUAGGCAUCCGAGCUGUUACCACUGCCAUAUCACGCCCGAGAACUCUUCUCCACCAAAGCCAAUAGGUCCGCGCUUACCUCGACUCCAGGUCUCGACAUCUGGUUUAGGAUUCUCCGAAUCCGAGUUUGAGAUCCCCCCCGAUUCGCCACCUCGAAAAGUCAUGCUGAGUGAGCAAGAGCGGAACAUGAUCAACCAGCAGAGAGAGCUUCAGAAUCGACAACAAAGAAGCCAGUGGGUACCAAAGAGACCGAGUGGGGAGAAGAAACGAGGGGACGAGCCACGCACGUCAAAGGAUCAGCCCAGUUACACCAACGUUGUGGCGGAUCCAAAUGCUGGGCCUAAACAAUGUGAUUUUGGGAAUCUUAGCCCCGGAGUCAGGAAGUGGGCCAAUGGCACGGCACUUCAAAAACCAAUGCUUUCAUCCAGCGGGCCUGCAGUCCCCAGAUCAAGGUCCAAGACAAACCCUGAGGGACCGAGAUAUCGUACCAGCAUCAGCAAACCGCGGCGAAGAUCGAGCACAGACAGACACGAAUGUGCUCGUGCAUCAGUCGAUGGACCAACAUAUGGUGCGAUGCCUCGCAGAUUUAGCAAGGACAUGGCGCAAAGAGGAAGCUUGGAUCAGUUAUUUUGA